AAAAAAAAAAAAAGAAUUUCACGGUUUAUCAGCUUUCUGACUUUUGCUUUGAAAACAUCGGUCAGGUGAAAAGAGAAAGAGACCAUCACGAUCUGUCGCUGAUUGAUUGGAGGAUUCUUCUUCCUUUUCUGAUCCUCUCCGUACUGACGUAGUACGAGCCAAUGGAUUUGGCAUCCCGUUAUAAGGGAGUUGUUGGUCUUGUUUUCGGAGACAAUCCAUCUUCUAAUGAAGACAGUUACAUUCAACGCCUGCUGGAUCGCAUUAGUAAUGGCACUUUGCCUGACGAUAGAAGAACUGCUAUUGUAGAGCUUCAGUCUGUUGUUGCUGAAAGUAACGCUGCUCAGCUUGCUUUCGGUGCUUCUGGAUUUCCUGUGGUUGUGGGCAUCCUCAAGGACCAACGAGAUGAUGUCGAAAUGGUUCGAGGUGCCUUAGAAACUCUUCUUGGUGCUCUAACGCCAAUCGAUCAUGCAAGGGCACAGAAGACUGAAGUCCAUGCGGCUCUUUUGAAUUCCGAUCUGCUCUCCCGUGAAGCUGAAAAUAUCACUCUUCUUUUGAGUUUGCUGGAGGAAGAAGAUUUUUAUGUUCGAUAUUACACUCUCCAGAUUUUGACAGCUCUUCUUAUGAACUCUCAGAACAGAUUGCAGGAAGCUAUUUUGACUACUCCUCGCGGCAUAACUCGGCUCAUGGAUAUGCUGAUGGAUAGGGAGGUAAUCCGGAACGAAGCUUUGUUGCUUCUUACGCACUUGACGCGUGAAGCAGAGGAGAUCCAAAAAAUUGUUGUCUUUGAAGGUGCUUUUGAAAAGAUUUUCAGCAUCAUCAAGGAGGAAGGGGGGUCAGAUGGCGAUGUGGUUGUGCAGGACUGUCUGGAGUUGUUGAAAAAUCUUCUUCGCAACAGUUCAUCAAACCAGAUACUACUAAGGGAGACAAUGGGUUUUGAACCAAUCAUUUCAGUUCUAAAACUGCGAGGGAUUACAUAUAAGUUCACCCAGCAGAAGACUGUUAAUCUACUUUGUGCACUGGAGACAAUCAAUAUGCUGAUCAUGGGAGGUGCAGUUACGGACCCUGGAAAAGAUUCAAACAAGCUAGCAAAUAGAACGGUUCUAGUUCAGAAAAAACUGCUAGACCACCUCCUGAUGUUGGGUGUUGAAAGCCAAUGGUCGCCUGUUGCUGUUCGGUGUAUGACAUUUAAAUGCAUUGGAGAUCUGGUUGAUGGACAUCCCAAGAACCGUGAUAUCCUUGCUAGCAAAGUUCUUGGUGAAGAUCGGCAAGCAGAACCUGCACUCAAUUCUAUCCUCCGGAUCAUUUUACAGACAUCUAGUAUUCAGGAGUUUGUUGCUGCUGAUUAUGUCUUCAAGAGCUUCUGUGAGAAAAAUCGGGAGGGUCAAGCAAUGCUAGCAUCAACUUUAAUACCCCAACCACAUCCCACCACCCGAGAUCCUCUGGAAGAUGAUGUUAACAUGUCAUUUGGAAGUAUGUUAUUACGAGGCAUUUGCUCUGGUGAAACUGAUGGUGAUCUUGAGACAUGUUGCAGAGCUGCGAGCAUUCUUUCUCAUGUUUUGAAGGACAACAUUCAGUGCAAGGAAAAGGCUUUGAAAAUAGUACUUGAAUCACAUGUGCCUUCCAUGGGAACUCCAGAGCCUCUCUUUCAGAGGAUUGUCAGAUACCUGGCAGUUGCCUCUUCCAUGAAAAGCAAAGAUAAUUCAAAAUCAUAUAUUCAACAGAUCAUUUUAAAACUGCUUGUCACAUGGACCGUUGAUUGCCCAGCUGCGGUCCAGUGCUUUUUAGAUUCACGCAACCACCUAACGUACCUGCUCGACCUGGUAGCAAACCCGUCUGCAACAGUUUGCAUUAGAGGCUUGGCGUCUAUUCUACUGGGAGAAUGCGUCAUCUACAACAAAUCAAACGAGAAUGGUAAAGAUGCUUUCGCUGUAGUUGACGCUGUGAGCCAGAAGAUGGGCCUCACAACAUACUUCUCGAAGUUCGAAGAGAUGCAGAGCAGCUUCAUCUUCUCCUCUUCCUCCGAGAGGCCUAGAGAGGAUCAUCAUAAACCGUUGACGAGAACAGCCACGCCUAGUGAAGCCGAGAUUGAGGAUGUUGACGUUGCAGGUGCGAUGGAUAAGGGGAGUGAAGAUCACCCAAUGCUCACAUCGUUGUUUGAUCCUAGCUUCACAGGCUUAGUGAAGAGCCUUGAAGGUAGCAUUAGAGAGAGAAUCGUGGACGUGUAUAGUCGGCCAAAAAGUGAGGUGGCUGUAGUACCGGCGGAUUUGGAGCAGAGGAGCGGAGAAAAUGAGAAAGACUACAUCAACCGCUUGAAAGCUUUUAUAGCGAAACAGUGCUCGGAGAUUCAGAACCUUCUUGCUCGGAACGCUGCUUUGGCAGAAGACGUAGCAAGCUCUGGGAGGAGUGAGCAAUCUCAAGGAUCAGAGCAAAGAGCAAGUACAGUAAUGGAUAAGGUUCAGAUGGACAGCAUCAAGCGAGAGCUCCAAGAAACGUCUCAGCGUUUAGAGACGAUCAAAACAGAAAAAGCCAUGAUCGAGUCCGAGGCAUCAGAAUACAAAAGCAUAGCUGCGAAACUUGAAUCAGACUUAAAAGGCUUGUCGGACGCGUACAACAGUCUAGAACAAGCGAACUACCGUCUCGAGAAAGAGGUGAGAUCGUUGAAAGGAGGAGAGGGUCCCAUGGAGAUUCCUGAUGUAGAAGCGAUAAAGGAAGAAGUGAGAAAGGAAGCUCAGAAAGAGAGCGAAGACGAGUUGAACGACUUGUUAGUGUGUUUGGGACAAGAGGAGAGCAAAGUGGAGAAGCUAACGGCGAAGCUGGUAGAGUUAGGAGUUGAUGUUGAUAAGCUUUUGGAGGAUAUUGGGGACGUGUCAGAAGCUCAAGGGGAAUCUGAAGAGGAUGAUGAUGAUGACCAGUAAACAAAGUUUUAGAGAUCAAAUCUUCUCUGUCACUCAAGUAAUAUAUCAUCUACUUUCAAACAUGUUAGAUUGUUUUCCAAAACAUGUUACAAUGCUGAAGUUUAUGUUUACAGAUUGGUAUACAUAUAAUAUAACAAUGAACUCAAUCUGAUUUUUAAGAUA